CGACCGACCCCGCCGAAUCCGUUGAUACCUCGACUCACGCCUCGACAGCUUGAUUAGAGGCAUCAUAGGAAGCAUCAGCAAUCAUGUCUCAAUCACUCCGACCUUACCUGCAAUGUGUACGCAGCAGCUUGACCGCCGCCCUCACCCUGUCCAACUUUGCCUCCCAGACGGCCGAGCGACACAAUGUCCCCGAGAUUGAGGCCCAGACGUCCCCCGAGGUCCUCCUGCAGCCCCUGACCAUUGCGCGCAACGAGAACGAGCGCGUCCUGAUCGAGCCCAGCAUCAACUCUGUCCGCAUCAGCAUCAAGAUCAAGCAGGCCGACGAGAUUGAGCACAUCCUGGUCCACAAGUUUACGAGAUUCCUGACGCAACGUGCCGAGUCGUUCUUUAUCCUGCGGAGGAAGCCCAUCAAGGGUUACGACAUCUCCUUCUUGAUAACAAACUUUCACACCGAGGAGAUGCUUAAGCACAAGCUCGUGGACUUUAUCAUUCAGUUCAUGGAGGAGGUUGAUAAGGAGAUCUCUGAGAUGAAGCUAUUUUUGAACGCCCGAGCACGAUUUGUGGCCGAGUCUUUCCUUACACCUUUUGACUGAAGAACCUCAGCUGGCUUGAGGGUUGGAGUUAUGCUUGGGGGCGUCGGUUGUCGCGAUAUUCUUGUGAUCAAAGGGAAAAGGUACCGACCAUGAUAGCAAUUUGACCCGCAGAGAUGUAGACGGGGCGAACCUCAUGCUGCGGCUAGGGAGGGAUCCGAGAUGACGAUAUUAGACAUGAAACCUUGUCGACUACACCGAAACUUGAAUGCACGCUUUUUAGAAAU